UUUUCUAGACUCGACUUGUGAUAUUACACUGAGUAUAUUGUUGUACCAAUACCUCCUCUAUAAAUUGAGCCAAGAUAUGCUAAGCCAACUACAACUCAUCCCAAAUUUGCUCCUUCUUUUACUUCCAUCUAAGCCAAUCAUUUACUAAGCAAACACUUGAGAAUGAAGAGAGAAUCAAAACUUGUGCUUGUGACAAUCCUAGUGCUGAUGCUUCUUGCUGAAUCACACAUCUCACUUGCUGCAACAUGUAGCCCAGUUCAGCUAAGCCCUUGCCUAGGUGCUAUCAGAUCAUCAUCACCUCCAUCUAAACUCUGCUGCAGCAAAAUCAAACAACAAAAGCCUUGUCUUUGCCAAUACCUCAAGAACCCAACUCUAAAGAAGUAUGUUAACUCUCCUGGUGCCAAGAAAGUCGCUCGCUCUUGCGGCGUUCCAUACCCCAGGUGUUAGAAAAAAAACACUAAAAUGAUCAUAUACUAUAUAUAUUUCAUGAAUUAAUCUAUCAGCAUUAUAUCUGUUUUAUCUACUUUCUGCCAAUUUUAGUACUCUCUGUGACUGACUCUGUCUGCACAAGUUUUAUACUAGGUGUUCUACUACAAUUUACAUAAAUAAAGUACUAAAAGUAGUAGUAGUAGUAUUUAUCUUAUCUUGUCCCUGUAAUCUUGGCUGCGAUUUACUUGGAAUGCAGAUGUAUUAUAUUAUAACUAAGUUGAAAAACUUUUUAAAUAGUACUCAUAUAGUAUUGGAUUGACAAUGAGAAUUAUAAUAUCGAAAUUAUGGCAUCGUGUUAGAAAUUAAACGUAACAUAUAUACUACUGAAAAAAACUAGGAACACAUCAUAUUGGACUUGACUUGCAACAUUUUUUCUGCAAAUUAUACAUAUGAGCACUUUGAGAUACCUAAAAUCCAUGUACAUUAAUUAGGGGACUGGCCGCGUGCAGAUCAACAAAUCUCUCUGAUCUCUGCUUGCCAAUAGUCUAUGACAUUAAACUUUCAAUACUCAAUUCUUUAAUUUUCCAAGCAGUCUAUUCUUAUUCAAAUUAAGGCCUCUUGGGCUAAAAUGUAUAGUUAAAUUGUCAGUUGCAGGUAUCAAUAUCUUAUAUGCAAACAAUGAGCCAUAUAUAUAUGUAUAUCAAUCAACUAUACCUUUACAUUGGGCCUGUUUCUCUUUUAAUUUAGGUUGAUGCUCGAUUCUUCCGAAUAAAGAUACAACAACAUACCCAUUGAAAUCCCACAAAGUCAGGACUGAAAAAGGUUGAAAAGGGUAGAAUGUACGCAGACUUACUACUACCUCGUGGAGAUAGACAAGUUAUUUCUGAAAGACCCUUAAUUCAAUGAGCAUAGAAAGUGGGGCCAGAGAUGUCUGGAAAUGAAUCACCAGAAUUAGGGCAGGCUGAUGUUGAUCGAUCAGUUAGGCAAGUUUGUGCAAAUGGGAUUUGCAUGCAAACAAAUGUUGUUGAAGCAAAGCUUGAUGAGGGAAACAUUCAAGAGGCUGAAUCUGCAUUGCGUGAAGGUUUGUCCCUCAAUUUUGAGGAAGCACGAGCUCUUCUUGGAAGAUUGGAAUAUCAAAGAGGAAAUGUGGAAGGUGCUCUUAGGGUGUUUGAUGGUAUUGAUCUUCAAGCAGCCAUACAGAGGAUGCAGCCUUCUGUUACUGAGAAACAACCUUCUAAAAAGGGCCGCACUAAAAGCAUUGAGUCUGUGCCAGGUGUCUCACAGCAUGCUGCUGGUCUGGUCCUUGAGGCCAUAUAUUUGAAAGCGAAGUCCCUGCAAAAGCUUGGGAGACUGACUGAUGCUGCUCAUGAAUGUCUAAGUGUGCUUGAUGCCGUAGAGAAGAUAUUCGAUAGUGGCAUACCUGAUGUACUGGUGGAGAAUAAGCUGCAAGAAACUGUGAGCCAUGCUGUUGAGCUCCUUCCAGAGCUAUGGAAGCAAGCUGGUUCCUAUUCUGAAGCAAUGUCUGCCUAUCGCCGUGCCCUCUUAAGCCAAUGGAAUCUCGAUAAUGACUGCUGUGCCAGGAUUCAAAAAGCUUUUGCUGUGUUUCUACUUUAUAGUGGGGUUGAGGUUUGCCCACCAAGCUUAGCUGUGCAAAUUGACGGUUCUUAUGUACCUAGGAACAAUUUAGAAGAAGCAAUACUGCUGUUAAUGAUUCUGAUGAGAAAAGUUUACCUUGGUAAGAUCAAAUGGGACCCUUCAGUUUUAGAGCACCUUACAUUUGCUCUGUCUGUAUGCGGCCAAACCUCUGUUUUAGCUAAGCAACUUGAAGAAGUAAUGCCAGGGGUACUUAACCGGAUUGAUCGUUGGCGAUCUUUAGCACUUUGUUAUUUUGCGGCUGGACAGAACAAAAAUGCCUUAAGUCUGCUGCGGAAGUCUCUGCAUAAACAUGAAGAGCCAGAUGACGUUCUCUCAUUGGUGUUGGCUUCUAGAAUUUGUUCUGAGGAUGUCUUUCUUGCAGCUGAGGGAGUGAAGUAUGCACAGAGGGCGAUAACUAAUGCAGAGGGUUCAAAUGAACACUUGAAAGGUGUUGGUCUCCGCGUGUUAGGUCUUUGUUUGGGCAAGCAGGCGAAAGUUGCAACCUCCGACUUUGAGAGAUCACAACUUCAAUCUGAGGCUUUAAAAUCUUUAGAUGGUGCAAUGGCUUUAGAGCAUGAAAAUUCAGAUUUGAUGUUUGAGUUAGGCGUUCAAUAUGCAGAGCACCGUAAUCUGGAUGCAGCUUUGCAAUAUGCGAGAAAGUAUGUUGAUGCAACGGGAGGAUCUACUCUAAGAGGUUGGAGACUGCUUGCUUUAGUUCUUUCUGCUCAACAUCGCUAUUCGGAGGCUGAAGUAGUUACUGAUGCGGCUUUUGAUGAGACUACAAAGUGGGAUCAAGGACCUUUGCUAAGAAUGAAAGCUAAGCUUAAAACAUCCCAGUCACGGUACAUCGACGCCGUUGAACCUUAUCGUCAUCUCCUUUCAUUGGUUCAAGCUCAAAGAAAAUCUUUUGGACCAUUCAGAAAUGCGCCUCAGGUGGAGGAAGAUAAGGUAAAUGAAUAUGAAGUUUGGCAUGGACUGGCAGACUUGUACUCUAGCCUUUCACAUUUUAAGGAUGCAGAGACAUGUUUGGAGAAAGCUAGAGGUCUUAUCGAGUACUCAGCAGACACUUUGUAUACAGAAGGAAUGAUGUUUGAAAGACAGGGAGAAAAUGACAAAGCGUUGUCAGCUUAUAUUAAUGCACUAUUAGUAGAGCCUAAUCAUGUGCAGUGUAAGAUCUUGCUUGGUUCUUUAUUGACUAAAAUGGACCCGGGGAUGUUGCCAUUGGCAAAAGCAUUACUCUCAGAUGCAUUGAGGAUUGAACCUACCAAUCGUGUAGCUUGGUACCACUUGGGAUUGGUUCAUAGAGACGAUGGACGGGUAGCUGAUGCUGCUGAUUGUUUCCAGGCAGCUUCCAUGCUUGAAGAGUCUGAUCCCAUCGAAAAGUUUAGUUCCAUCCUUUGAUGUUUUCCAACCAUCUACAAGGCAAAUCUUAUUCAUUUAUUCUUUAUUUAUACAGGCUUUGGGCACAAUGUCGAAAAUUAUGCUUAGAUGACUUCUUUGGUAGGUUUUUUUGGAAUAUUUUCUUCUUCAGUGUUUUAAGAAUUGUAGAUUAAUUGUACUAUAUACCUUCAUUUUCACUUUCACUUUCAUAGGAAAUAGAACAAUUUGUCCAAUUGGGAUGUGAUGAUUCAUAUGCAUCAACAAAGGUCUUAACAGUUUCAUUUUA